AUGUUAGAGAAAAGUUGUACAGAUAUAGAUGGUGAUAGGAGGGUGGUAUUGAAUGAAAUGUGGUAUGAGAUACUUUCUUGUGUGAGUUGGGUAAAAGGUCGUGAGCAAGAUUUUAUUAAGAAUAUUCGAGAGUUUAAAAAUAAAAUUCAAGGCAUAAAGAGUGUUACUGCAGUUGAAAGUGAGAAUGCAAGACUAAAUGAACAUGACAUUGAAAUGUUAAUUGGAUGUAGUAUGCCUGAUGAAAUACUGGUUCAGCCUCCUAAAGUGUCGAAGAAUAAAGGCACAAGUGUUCAUGAUAGCAGUGGAAUCAGUGGGUCUAAACGAUUAAAUGGCGCUAAGGAGAAAGCAGUUAAACAAUGUAAUAAGAAGAAGAGGAAAUGUAGUGGAUGUGGGGAUCUUGCAUAUCAUGAUAUUCGGAAUUGUCCUUAUAAAACAGUUUAA